GCGUUCCCCCAGCUGUUUCCUGUCUACAGUGUCUGUGUUUUGUAGAUAAAUGUGAGGAUUUUCUCUAAAUCCCUCUUCUGUUUGCUAAAUCUCACUGUCACUGCUAAAUUCAGAGCAGAUAGAGCCUGCGCAAUGGAAUAAAGUCCUCAAAAUUGAAAUGUGACAUUGCUCUCAACAUCUCCCAUCUCUCUGGAUUUCUUUUUGCCUCAUUAUUCCUGCUAACCAAUUCAUUUCCAGACUUUGCACUUCAGAAGCAAUGGGAAAAAUCAGCAGUCUUCCAACCCAAUUAUUUAAGUGCUGCUUUUGUGAUUUCUUGAAGGUAAAGAUGCACGUCACGUCCUCCUCGCAUCUCUUCUACUUGGCCCUGUGCUUGCUCACCUUCACCAGCUCUGCCACGGCUGGACCUGAGACGCUCUGCGGGGCUGAGUUGGUGGAUGCUCUUCAGUUCGUGUGCGGAGACAGGGGCUUUUAUUUCAACAAGCCCACGGGGUAUGGCUCCAGCAGUCGGAGGGCGCCUCAGACAGGCAUCGUGGAUGAGUGCUGCUUCCGGAGCUGUGAUCUGAGGAGGCUGGAGAUGUACUGCGCACCCCUCAAGCCUGCCAAGUCAGCCCGCUCCGUCCGUGCCCAACGCCACACUGACAUGCCCAAGGCUCAGAAGUAUCAGCCCCCAUCUACCAACAAGAAAACGAAGUCUCAGAGGAGAAGGAAAGGAAGUACAUUUGAAGAACACAAGUAGAGGAAGUGCAGGAAACAAGAACUACAGAAUGUAGAAAGACCUUCCUGAAGAGUGAAGAAUGACAUGCCACCGGCAGGAUCCUUUGCUCUGCAUGAGUUAUCAGAAGACCCACCAAAAAAGUUUGAUAACAUUUCAAAAGAUGGGCAUUCCCCCAAUGAAAUACGCAAGUAAACAUUCCAACAUUGUCUUUAGGAGUGAUUGUUAAAAAGCUUUGCACCUUGCAAAAAAUGGUCCUGGAGUUGGUAGAUUGCUGUUGACCCUUUAUCAAUAAUGUUCUAUAGAGAAAAUAUAUAUAUAGAUCUUAGUCCCUGCCUCUCAAGAGCCACAAAUGCAUGGGUGUUGUAUAGAUCCAGUUGCACUAAAUUUGUCUCUGAAUCUUGGCUGCUAGAGACAUUCAUUCAGCAGCCUUGUCUAAGUGGUUUAUUAAUUUUUUUUAUUUGCACUUCUUUCUACGCAACACAGGCUGUUUGUUUUACAGUGUCUGAUAAUCUUGUUCAUCUAUCCCACCCCCACCCCAUCACCUUUAUAUUUGCUGAAUUUGGCCUCCUCGAUAGCAGCAGCAAGCAGUCAAGUAGUACACCAAUUUUUAACCCACAAGAUUCUAUCUGUGGCAUUUGUACCAAACAUAAGUUGAAUACAUUUAUUUUAGACACAAAGCUUUAUUUUUCCAUAUCUUGUUAAAAAAAAUGCAAGUAGUUGCAACUUUGAGGCCAAUCAUUUUUAGGCGUAUGUUUUAAGCAUAGAAAGUCUCAAACUCUCAAUGGUUCCUUCAAAUGAUGAGUUAGUGUGUCACCUGAUUAGUAACUUCUUUCUUUUAAUUUUUUCCAUAUAGAGCACUAUGUAAAUUUAGCAUAUCAAUUAUACAGGAUAUAUCAAACAGUAUGUAAAACUCUGUUUUUUAGUACAAUGGUGCUAUUUUGUAGUUUGUUAUAUGAAAGAGUCUGGCCAAAACGGUAAAAUGUGAAAGCAAAACAGAAGAGGAAGCCUGGAGCCAAAGGUGACAUAGAGGGGAAGGGUACUAAAAAUCCAACCAUUUGGGAAAGAAAAGUUCCCCCAAUUAUGCCUUCCAAGAGAAAUGAGACACGAAGUCCACUGAUGCACAGUUGAACUUGAGCGAGAGGAGUGGAAAAAGCAGAAGGCUAGGGAUUUAACAGUCCUGGUUUCUUUUUCUCGCUGAAGAAACAAACAUCUGCCGACUCUGCCACAGACUCACCACUGUGUGACCUUGGGCAAGUCACUUAACCUCCCUGUGCCUCAGUUUCCUCAUCUGCAAAAUGGGGGCAAUAUAUCAUCUACCUACCUCACAGGGGUGGUAUGAGGAUUCAAAUGAUAAAGCUCCAGAUUUUUAUGAGUUGCUCUGAGGGUGGCAAAAUCAGAGCCCUUGAAUUGCUGGGAUGCAAGGAAUUCUAUAAACAACCCAUUCACAGCAUAGCUGGAAAGCUGUUUAGCUGAAUGCUCCUGACAUGUGGAUUCUUGUCAAUGAAGCUAUCCAACUAGCUAUCCAACUACCUAUCCAACUAACUAGUUGUUAAAAGCUAACAGCUCAAUCUCUUUUAAAACACUUUUCAAAAUAACUUAGAAACAUUUGAUCUACAAUUUGCUUUUGUAUUCUGCAUUUGGAUUUAUGAAUACAAAGUGAAAAGAGAGAAAGGAAAAGAAAAAAGGAGAAAAACAAAGAUUUCUAUCAGUGAAAGGGUGAUUAUUCCAUUUUUAGCACUUACUGACUCUUCCAGACAGUUACUAAUAAUCUAAUAAUACUUCUUUUAAUAUCAUGAUACUCUCUUCACUUCUCUAUUCACUUGAAAAACAGUUAUUCCUUUUUUAGGCAAUCUAAAAAAUGACUCAAGAUUUCAAAUAUUGAAAUAAUAACUAAGUCACAAAUUUACUUUCUUUAAUGAAUUUUGUUCUUAUCUCUAGCAGUAGGUACAUAUACAUAUAUAUAUUUUUUUAUUUUGGUAAAAAUAUGCUUGACUAGAGUUUCUAGAUAAGAGGCAAAAAUUUCCUUCACAGCUAGAAAUUUUCUCUCCUGUCUGCUUAGAAGAGUGGCUCCCUAGCCGCACUCUGUGAAUGUGUCUUAAAGACAUUCAAUUGAAAAUUGGUAUCAAGAAAAUCCAAUGAUGAGGACAGGUCCACGGUGACCUAGAAAAUAUUUCCUGUCUACAUAUCAAGAUUUUCUUAUUAGAACAAUGAAUUGCCCAUCAUCCAGAUCUUUUUAUCUACCUUAGAACUUUUUGGUGAAAAGCAACCAGGCUUGAUUAGUGCAUGCAAAUUAUAUCCAUUUUAUUCUUGGAGAGAGUACAUGGAAAACAAAAAUAACAUCUUUAGUUUUCAUCCCACUGGUUCAUCUCAAGGUUCAGAAGCCAGGAAAUAAAAAAAAAAGAUUUCUUGGAUCGCCAAACAUACGCAAAAAGAAGGCCUAGUUAGUGGGUGCCCCAGCUCAGCCAACCAAUAUUUUAACCUCAGCCCACAUCAUUAUUUGAAUUCAGCACCUCUGGCUUGCUGAGCUAUGUUCUGAUCACUGUGGAUAGCUGUAAAAGAAACCACAGGUCAUUUUUGCCCUUCAUCUGUUUUCUAGACAUAUGGGUUCUGUGGAAUGAGAUGCUGGACCCAUUUUCCCAAAACGGCACUUCUGAUUUUUAUUUCAUAUUCCUAGGGUAUACCUUUUCAAACUACUGAUUCCCAACAACACUACAUGCAAACUUCUGCAGACCUAUAGGUUUCCAGACAUAGUUGUAUACAGUAGUUCUAAGGGUGUCUAUGACUUAUUUGAUUUGCUUAAUAAUUCUAUUCACAAAAAUACCCCAAUGAGGAAAGCUUAAAUAUGAGAAGCCAUAUUACCUUUCUUAACUUUUUCCAACACACAGUCCUCUCCAACUGUAUCAUAAAUCAGCUAAUUAAAAAAUUAACUACUUAUACCAACCCACUUAUUUUUAAAUGAAUUAAAACUAGAAGACAAAUUGUUGUCAACACCAAAAGUCAGCUGAUCACUAUAUACUACAGCAGAAUGACCCAGAAUUGACAGAAGGAAGCACAUGAAAUUUUACAACGAAAUUUUAAGCUUAGCUUUAAAUUUUUAAGAUGAGGCAACAUCAAGAUGUUUAUAAAAGAGCUACAAAUAUUGGUAAGAAUGAAUUUUCAACUUAUGGGUUUAUUGCCAUACUAAAUACCAGUCAAAUUUCUGUUCCCACUUCUCCAGCUAUAUAAUUGUAUUGUUUGAACAUUUUAGAAUGAAGAUGCUCCACUGAAAAAGUUAAAGCAUUAUUCCAUUACCUAGAGAUAAGGAAAAACUCUCCCAACACCCACAGAAACACACACAAGCACACACACACACACACUCAUCCUAAAAGUUCAAUGGAAUACUGAGAAGAAAUCACUUCCUUGAAAAAUCUUAUUUAAAAAAGAAAAAAAAAAAAAAAGGCCUAGCCUCACUUGAGAAUCCUACCCCUCCUUGGAAUGUCAGUGUUUGUAUAGAUGAAACCAUCUCAUGCUCUGUGGCUCCAGAGUUUCUGCUACUUUAUGCACUUAGGAGAAUACUUAAAAUGGAAGAUGUAGCACAUUUUGCUUUCCCAUUUAUUGUUUGGCCAGCUAUGCCAAUGUGGUGCUAUUGUUUCUUUAAGAAAGUACUUGACUAAAAAAAAAAAGAAAAAAGAAAAAAAAAAAAGAAAGCAUAGACAUAUUUUUUUAAAGUAUGAAAACAACAAUUCUAUAGAUAGAUGGCUUAGUAAAAUAGCAUUAGGUCUAGUCACCACCACCUUUCAACUUUUAAUCACUCACAAGUAGUGUAUUAUUCACCAAAUUGUGAGUUUGGGGGUGCAAAGGCAGAAGAUGGAAACAUUUUUAAGUUAGAAGGCCCCAUUAUUUUGUUGGCUCUCAAACUCAACAACUUUAGCAAUAUAUUAUCCGAUCUGAACACCUUGAUCAAGAGCAUGGAGUAUAAGUGGGAAAAAAAAAAAAAGACCUUAUAGGUAAAAGGCAGAACUAAAAAAAUGAUUAAGUUACUUAUUGAUUGUGUGUGUAUGUGUGUGCUCUCUGCUCUAAAACAGAUAUUCAGCAAGUGGAGGAAAUAGAAACAAAGAGAAAAAUGCAUAGAUUCACCUCCUAAAAAUACCUUCUGCCACAUCCCCCUUGAGUAAUUCUUUGGCAUUUACUGGUUUAUAGAAGAUAUUCUCCCUUCAUCUAAACAUCUCAAAGAGCAGUAGCUCUCAUAAAAAGCAAUCACUGAUCUCAUUGGGAAGUGUUGGAAAGUAUUUCCUUCUGAGAUGGGGGUUAUCUACUGAAAAGGAAAGAGAAGAAUUUAUGAGAAAUCGUUGAAAGAGAUGGCUAACAAUCUGUGAAGAUUUUUUUGUUUUUGUUUCUGUUUUGUUUUUUUACUUUAUGCAGUCUUUAUGAAUAUCUUAAUGUUCAAAAAUGACUUGUUUUUUUCUUUUUUUAUAUUGGAAUGAGGGAUAAGUUAAACCCACAUAGACUCUUUAAAACUAUAGGCUAGAUAGAAAUGUAUGUUUGACUUGUUGAAGCUAUAAUCAGACUAUUUAAAAUGUUUUUGCUAUUUUUAAUCUUAAAAGAUUGUACUAAUUUAUUAGAGACAGAUCCUAUUUGGCUCUCUUCAUAAGAAAGAGCAUUCCCACUCACAUCACCUGGGCUUCCCCUUCAGUGUUUUCAAAAGACAAAUCUGAUUUAUGCAUCAUUAUGGCAUCAUUUAUUUUUUAAUUUUAAAAUAAAAGAAGUGUGAUUCUUUAAUGCCCCUCUCCUGCAAUGAUCAUAAAGUCCAGAAUCUGAAGGGGCAAAAAUAAGAGGAAAAUUUUGUUGAUUCUUUGUUUUUGGUUUGUUUGUUUAUUUUCAAUGCUAGUGAUUAAUCCUAUAGUAUAUAUUUGCUUAUUGCUAUGUUAAUAUUCUAAAAGACUUUCUUGUUAGGUAUUAGAAACUGAUACAUAGAUACCUUUUUUGUGUGAUUUCUAUUUAAAAAAGGAGGUAAGAAGACUGUCUGAGCUUUAAGUGCGUAUGGUACAGGAUAAAGAUACAAAUUUAAAUAACCAAAACCUAUCUUGAACAAAACCUUUUUAAGGAAACCUCCCAUAGAUAAGACAGAGACCCAGGGAAUUUUUGAAACUGUCUUUUUUCCUCCCAGUCCUUAUUCAUUAGGUAUCUGCCUCAAAAUUUUAUAGAGAGCUGGCCAAGCUGAAAUCCUAGUAAUUAAAGGGUCUUCUUUUAAAACAUACAUUGCACAUGUUCCUUCUUAAUUUAUGAUGCCACACUGAUCUUAAACAUGGUCUCCCUUUCUCCCCAUUCUUCAGCUGUCAUUGAUAAGGUCUUUCAAAGGAAAAAAAACCUUAUUUUUUAACUAAAAAAAGAGAACACAAAAGUUCAAAUGUUACUGCCCAAUCGAAAUGUGAAUUAAGAUAGAGUUUCUCCUAUUUAACCCCUGCUGAAUCACCUGUCAGUAUCAAAAUGACCUUUCACAAUCCUUAGACGCUGUCUUUUUUAAUUGCCUAGGCCUACUGUAUCCAAAAAGUAAACAUUACUCAUUUUCUUUUGCCCAAAAUGCACUGAUGUAAAA